CCGCGCGGCGGGAGGUUCGAUUGACCGGGCCUGGCGGGGCCGGAGGCGCGGUGGUGGCUGUUAACGCGCGCUAGGUGUAGAGAGAACGUCCCACCGGGUGCUUGGGCGGCCACUCCUCUCUGCUGCUUUUGUCACCCUGUCUGGUCUGCCAGCUCAAGUAUUCUGCUUGUCUUACUUGGAGUCCUGCUCGGCUGACCCUCUGCCGGCCUGGCUUCCGCACUCCGAACCUGGGAACCCCCUUCCUUGGGACUGGCGCCCCGCCUUCCGCGAGGCCGCGGGCUUUCCUGCGUGCGCUCCCCGGCCGGCCCGCUCUCUCCCGCCCGCGCCCGCCGGCUCCUUCCUUCUGCUCCGACGUUUCCUCUUUCGCCCGCCUUCUCGCCCCAGCUAACUGGAGACACUGCGGACCCAGACUCCAGCUCCGGGCUGGAUCCCCUCCUUCACGUUGACUCCUAGCCGUCCAUCUUUACGAGACCUUGGGCCUGCAUCCUCAGCCGCUGGGCGACUUCGACCCUUGGCUGAUGGGACUGGACGUUGUAUGCACCUGGGCCCAGGAUGAGGAGAAGCCUAGCUCCCAGUCAGCUAGCCAAGAGAAGACCAGAAGGGGGACCCUCUGCUGACGGAGACUGGCGUCCUGGAGCUGUGACUCCUAAGAAAAGAAAAUCCAACCGUGAAACCCAGAGCCAAGAGUGUUUCCUUUCUCCUUUUCGGAAACCUUUGACCCAACUAACAAAUCAACCACCCUGUCUGGACAGUAGUCAACAUGAAGCAUUUAUUCGAAGCAUUUUAUCAAAGCCUUUCAAAAUUCCAAUUCCAAAUUAUCAAGGUCCUCUGGGCUCUCGAGCAUUGGGCCUAAAAAGGGCUGGGGUCCGUCGGGCCCUCCAUGACCCCCUGGAAGAAGGUGCCUUGGUACUGUAUGAGCCUCCAUCACUGAGCGCUCAUGACCAGCUGAAGUUGGACAAGGAAAAACUCCCUGUCCAUGUGGUUGUUGAUCCUAUUCUCAGUAAGGUUUUGCGGCCUCAUCAGAGAGAGGGGGUGAAGUUCCUGUGGGAGUGUGUCACCAGUAGGCGCAUCCCUGGCAGCCAUGGCUGUAUCAUGGCCGAUGAAAUGGGACUGGGCAAGACACUGCAGUGCAUCACACUGAUGUGGACGCUUCUGCGCCAGAGUCCAGAGUGCAAGCCAGAAAUUGACAAGGCAGUGGUGGUGUCGCCCUCCAGCCUUGUGAAGAACUGGUACAAUGAAGUUGGGAAAUGGCUUGGAGGAAGGAUCCAACCUCUAGCCAUUGAUGGAGGCUCUAAGGAAGAGAUCGAUAAAAAACUGGAAGGAUUCAUGAACCAGCGUGGAGCCAGGGUGCCUUCUCCUAUUCUCAUCAUCUCCUACGAAACAUUCCGCCUACAUGUUGGAAUUCUCCAGAAAGGGAGUGUUGGACUAGUCAUAUGUGAUGAGGGACACAGGCUCAAGAACUCUGAGAAUCAGACCUACCAAGCCCUGGACAGCUUGAAUACCAGUCGGCGUGUGCUCAUCUCUGGGACUCCCAUCCAGAAUGAUCUCCUUGAGUACUUUAGCUUGGUACAUUUUGUAAAUUCAGGCAUUCUGGGAACUGCCCAAGAGUUCAAGAAACAUUUUGAGUUGCCAAUUUUGAAGGGUAGGGAUGCAGCUGCCAGUGAGGCUGACCGCCAGCUAGGAGAAGAACGACUGAAGGAACUCAUCAGCAUAGUAAAUAGGUGCUUGAUACGAAGAACAUCUGAUAUACUUUCUAAAUAUUUACCUGUGAAAAUCGAGCAAGUAGUGUGUUGCAGGUUGACAUCUCUUCAGUCUGAAUUAUACAAGAGGUUUCUGAGACAGGCCAAACCAGCAGAAGAGUUACAUGAGGGCAAGAUGAGUGUGUCUUCACUUUCUUCUAUCACUUCACUAAAGAAGCUGUGUAAUCAUCCAGCCCUAAUCUAUGACAAAUGUGUGGAAGGAGAGGAUGGCUUUGAAGGUGCCUUGGACAUAUUCCCUCCUGGUUAUAGCUCCAAAGCUCUAGAACCUCAGCUGUCAGGUAAGAUGCUGGUCCUUGAUUACAUUCUGGCGGUGACUCGCAGCAGCAGCAGUGACAAAGUCGUGCUGGUGUCCAAUUACACUCAGACAUUGGACCUUUUUGAGAAGCUGUGCCGAGCCCGAAGGUACUUGUAUGUUCGUUUGGAUGGCACGAUGUCUAUUAAGAAGCGAGCUAAAGUUGUGGAGCGUUUCAACGAUCCAUUGAGCCCUGACUUUGUUUUCAUGCUGAGCAGUAAAGCUGGGGGCUGUGGCCUCAAUCUCAUUGGGGCUAAUCGACUGGUAAUGUUUGACCCUGACUGGAACCCAGCCAAUGAUGAACAAGCCAUGGCCCGAGUCUGGCGUGAUGGCCAGAAGAAGACCUGCUAUAUCUAUCGCCUGCUGUCUACAGGAACCAUUGAGGAAAAGAUCUUUCAGCGCCAAAGCCACAAGAAAGCACUGAGCAGCUGUGUGGUGGAUGAGGAACAAGAUGUAGAGCGGCACUUUUCGCUGGGUGAACUGAAGGAGCUCUUUACCUUGGAUGAGUCUAGUCUCAGUGACACACAUGACAGGUUGCGUUGCCGUCGCUGUGUCAACAACCGUCAGGUUUGGCCGCCCCCUGAAGGUUCUGACUGCACCUCAGACCUUGCUCAGUGGAAUCAUAGCACUGAUAAGCGGGGACUCAAGGAUGAGGUACUCCAGGCUGCCUGGGAUGCUUCCUCCAGUACCAUCACUUUUGUCUUCCACCACCAUUCCCAUGAGGAGCAGCGGGGUAUCCACUGAUCUGAU